ACAAUAAUGAUCAGGGGAAAAUAGAAAACAAAAUGAGCCAACAAGAAACUAUUUUCAUAGAUUUAUUUUUCAUUUUCACCUUUCACUUGAUGUCAGUCAACAACAAAAAAAAAAGCUUUGCAGCAGUCCUGUCAGUGAGGCCAGCAGCCUAUAUUUUGAAAGGGACAGCCGGAAGUGUCCGUUCACAUUGACAGCGCGCUGACGCAGGCUGCUGGAGCGGCAGGCAGCAGCGGCAGAUGCUGUCCCAUCAUCAGAUCACACCCAACGGGGCUGCAGCGCACCGCUCCUCCGGCACCAACACCAUGACACCCAGAUUCAGAUCUGCCAUCUGAGCCGCACUGAGGACGACACCAGCGGGGGGGACCGUGAGCAACAGACGCGGAGACGGACGAGCGCACAGACACACACACACACACACGCACGAGGAGGCGAAAUUUGCAGCGACCAGCAGCCAAAAAGACAGGAACGCCGACCGAGGCGAACUCCACUGCGCCGCGGAUUUGCGCUUUUCGCUCCAGAAACGCGUCCCACUCGGACACCCGCAAGAAAAAUUACUCCCUGCUUGUCAUUUCACGCCAGAAAAUGUCAUCUUCGGGCAAGGACGCCAACAGCGGGCAUUACGCCAACUAUGUGGGACCGUACCGCCUGGAGAAGACGCUGGGCAAAGGACAGACAGGUCUUGUGAAGCUGGGCAUCCACUGUGUCACAUGUCAGAAAGUUGCCAUAAAGAUUGUCAACAGAGAAAAGCUCAGCGAGUCUGUCCUUAUGAAGGUGGAGCGGGAGAUAGCCAUUCUGAAACUCAUAGAGCAUCCUCACGUUUUAAAGUUGCAUGACGUCUAUGAAAAUAAGAAAUACCUGUACCUGGUGCUAGAGCAUGUGUCCGGGGGGGAGCUGUUCGACUACCUGGUUAAAAAGGGCCGGUUAACGCCUAAAGAGGCCAGAAAGUUCUUCAGACAGAUCAUCUCAGCCCUGGACUUCUGCCACAGCCACUCCAUAUGCCACAGAGAUUUGAAGCCUGAGAACUUGUUGUUAGACGAGAAGAACAACAUCAGGAUAGCAGACUUUGGCAUGGCGUCUCUGCAGGUCGGGGACAGUCUGCUGGAGACCAGCUGUGGAUCUCCUCACUAUGCCUGCCCAGAGGUUAUCAGGGGAGAGAAGUAUGACGGGAGGAAAGCAGAUGCAUGGAGCUGCGGAGUCAUCCUGUUUGCACUUUUAGUGGGCGCCCUGCCUUUCGACGAUGACAACCUGAGGAAUCUUUUGGAGAAGGUGAAGCUGGGUGUUUUCCACAUGCCUCACUUCAUCCCUCCAGACUGUCAGAACCUUCUGCGCGGUAUGAUUGAAGUGGACGCCGGCAAGAGGUUCACGUUAGAGCAGAUCCAGAAGCAUACGUGGUAUCUAGCCGGAAAGAACGAGCCUGAGCCUGAGCAGCCCGUCCCCAGGAAGGUGGCCAUCAGGAUGCUGGCCACCGAGGAGAUCGACCCCGACGUCCUGGAGAGCAUGCACUCUCUGGGCUGCUUCAGAGACAAGGACAAACUGACCAAAGACCUGCUGUCUGAGGAUGACAACCAGGAAAAGAUGAUCUACUUCCUGCUGCUGGACCGUAAGGAGAGGUAUCCCAGCCACGAGGACCAGAACCUGCCGCCGCGCACUGAGAUUGCAGACCCCCCCAGGAAGCGCGUGGACUCGCCCAUGCUGAGCCGUCACGGUAAGCGGAGACCGGAGAGGAAGUCCAUGGAGGUGCUGAGUGUCACGGAGGGAGGAUCUCCCGUACCGGUACGACGAGCCAUCGACAUGGCAACCCACGGUCAGAGCAAAUCUGUUUUCAGUAAAAGCUUGGAUAUCACAAACGCUAACUGCAGCAAGGAAGAAAGAUCGCGGUCUAUCAGCGGCGCGUCCUCCGGUCUGUCCACCAGUCCUCUCAGCAGUCCCAGGCCCAACCGGCGGUUUUUCAUCCCACCCCAGUCCCCAGACCUGUGUCAGUCCCCCAACUGCAGCCCCACCCACUCCCCCGAGGUCCGCCUUAACGGGGUGGGGCCACGCACGCCCAACUCCUACCAGCCAAAGAUGGGGUCUCCCCUCAUGCACCCCCGCACACAGACCCUCCCCGCCAAGCCCAAAGUGUCUGAGAAGCCCCUGCAGACCACCAGGUCCAACCCCCUCCCCAACACAGCUCAGACCCCCACCACCCCCAAAUCUGAGCCCUCCACGCCCAGCCAGCCUCUGGCUCCCUGCAUCCCCAACAGCCCCCGGGUGAGACGCCACCCUCCCCUCACAGUCCCCCCCAAGCUCUCCAUCCCCCUCUCCCCCGUGCCUCCUAUGUCGCCCCGCCGCCGCCACCACCACCUCCACCCUGACCACAACGGCAAAUCUGUCCCCAUCACACAGGUGACCCCCCACCCCUCCCCCAGAGGGAGCCCUCUCCCCACCCCCAAAGGCACCCCGGUGCACACGCCCAAGGACAGCCCGACUGGCACGCCCAGCCCAACGCCGCCACCCAGCCCCUCCAUCGGGGGCAUGCCCUGGAGGACACGCCUCAACUCCAUCAAGAACAGCUUCCUGGGCUCACCGCGGUUCCACCGCAGGAAAAUGCAAGUUCCCACCCAGGAAGACAUGUCCAGUCUAACUCCAGACUCUUCUCCAGAACUGGCUAAGAAGUCUUGGUUCGGUAACUUCAUCAACCUGGAGAAGGAGGAGCAGAUCUUCAUCGUGAUCAGAGACAAACCUCUCAGCUCCAUAAAGGCAGACAUCGUCCAUGCCUUCCUCUCCAUCCCCAGUCUGAGCCACAGCGUCAUCUCUCAGACCAGUUUCCGGGCGGAGUACAAGUCCACAGCCGGUCCGACAGUUUUCCAGAAACCAGUUAAGUUCCAGGUGGACAUCACCUACACUGAGAGCACCAGCGCCACCAAGGACAACGGCAUCUACUCCGUCACCUUCACCCUGCUGUCAGGUCCCAGCCGACGUUUCAAGCGUGUGGUGGAGACCAUCCAGGCCCAGCUGCUCAGCUCCGACCAGCCCGGCAUCCAGCCCCAGAUCUCUGAUGGCUCUCAGCGCUCAGCUUCUUUGCCCAGUAAAUCCUCCAAGCGUGGCAGCCCGUUGAGUAACUUCUUUGACGUAAUUAAACAGCUUUUUUCAGACGAGAAGAACAUCCAAGCGUCCCACUCCCCUGGCGCCCCCGCCACGCCUAGCUCCCCUGCCAAGCAUGCCCCCAGCAGCAAGCCCAACCAGCCCCCGCCCAAUGACUCUAAAUGCCCCCCCGGCAAAGACAAAACAAAGAUGGCCGCCAGCAACAGGACACAGGAACAACCUUAAGGAGCGGUAGCUGUGCAUGACUAGACGAGAAGCAGUUAUCAGGUCACUAAACAAGAGAACGACAGAAGAGCUGCUAACUUUGCCCUUUAGUUAGGAGUGAAAACAAAAAAGAAAUCUACUUUUUGCCUAUAAAUUUUGUACUGUAUAAUGGGAAUGGCUAUUUCAGUUUAAAAGUUGAUCAGUAUUUUACAAUAAGUAGCAAAUGUAGCUUUGUUGUCCCUACCUUCUGUCCCUCUCUGUGUCCUCGGGGGUCUUUCAGUGGGUGUGUGUCCUCCUCACAUGUGUGAUGGCUUGACUUGUCUCUGCCACCAGGGAUCAUCCAUAAUAGCUAUUAACCUCGGCGGCUCUUCGAGACCGGCCACCGAGAGUCCGAAACUGAAGAAAAGACAGAGGACCCCUUCCCUUCCCUCCCCCACUUCACUUCCCCCCGGGCCCACAUCAGUAGAGUCCACUUCGCCCCACCAGACCAAACAGACACAUCUCAGAAGAGUUGUAAAAAGAAAAAAAAAGCCUUAAGACAGUGAUGUUUGUCAGUCUACACACACACACAUCCCCUCUCCUCUUCUCUUUCUCCCACAUGUACAUAAAACAACACAUACUGCAUCGUACUCCUCAACACAAACAUGACUUCUCUGCGGGAUGUAAUGACUUGCACACGCUGACAUACAGGAAGCAGGAGGUGGAAGAAGUGGAGACGGACAGACGGAUGGACGAACGCUGGCUGGAUUGUAAUUCUUUUUAACGUCGUCUUUCUUUGUGAACCGCAGGAUUUCUGAGCGCGCUCAGUGACGUUUCUGUAAAUGGGUUCUUGCAGAUAAAAGGCUGCCCAUUAAAGUAUGAUAAGGGGGGAGGUGAUAUUACAUAAAUGAAUGAUCUAUUCUGAUGUACAGAUUAAAUAAUGUUCCGUAUGUACAAAAAGUGUAGUUGUGACAUUAUGUUUUAGAGUUGUGUUGCCAUAUUUUGUUUUGUAUUCCUGUUAAGGCCCGGUCACACCAGCAACUAAAAUGGCAGAUUUUCACGGCGAAAUCCAAUUCCAAUGCAAUCACUGCAAGCUUGGGGCGAAGUAAGCAAGUAUGUAUGUUAACUUCAACUUUGGUGAGCACACAAAUGUGCGUUGUUGACCAAUAACAAGCCGUACGGACAGAGCUGAGCUUUGAGGGAACGUAGAGCUGAGCUUUGAGGGAACGUAGAGCUGCAGAGUCCAAAAUGGAGGAAGCUACGUAGCUUGUUAGCUGGGUGUCAGCCAUCAACUUUUAUUUAACCUCCUCUGUUGGUGCAAACUGUUACACAACAGAGGAUGGGUUUGUAGACAGGAGUCGAUGGUAGAAAUACGUCUUUUGAGCAAACUGUGUGAACUUAUCGUCAUGUUAGCGUUAACAGGCCAGUGCAGAGAAAACAGAAAGAAGCUCAGAGAUAGUGACUGGAUAACGCUAACAUGUUCCAGCAGGCUAGCCUGUUAGUGGUUAUCUCACCAGCUUCCCCUGCAGGUCACCGAGUUUCUAGAACAAUAUAUUUCACAGAGACGCACAGCAAAGUCGCUUUCUGGUGUGACCAGACCUUAUCGAUGAAAUGUCUCCUUUUCCUUUUGCACUUUUGACAAGUGAAUCAGAUUUGGGUUCAGUUACACCAUGUCAGGGCAUUUUUCUUUUUUUAUUAUAAUUUCUACAAUAUUGAACUGCUGUGUAUAUUUUUGUACUUUAUUGUAUUUUGCCAUUAAUUUAUUCUCAGUUAUUUAUAAGAAAGAUGUAGAGAAUGUUUCUUAACGUCAAAUUAUUUAAGGAUAUUUUUGUCAUGUCUAAGUUAUUUGAUCACCGAGAAAUCUCGAAACGUUCGAGCGUUCGUUCCUUUUCCCGGCUUUUUGAUGAGAGAAACCUUGUAAUAUACAUUUGGAAAAUGAUUUACCGUAAUUUAAGAAUGUAGACUUAGCCUCUUUGAGAGGAACAAACCCUUUGUUGAUAAUUGUCGGCUCCCCCCCUCCCCCUCCCCCCGUGCGUAUGAUGACCAAACACUCAUUCUGUAAAUAAGCCGAGUUUACUGACAAGCUUAUUUAAAAAACCAAGGGGAUUCCUACUCUUAGCUUUGACCUCGUACGGUUGUUUGCAUGUUCAGCAUUCGUCUUUUCUUUGCAUGUCGUCGUUGGAAUUGUUCUCCUGUUCCCUUUUUCUCUCCACACUUAUUUAUGUAUUUAUGUUCUUUAUGUGCAUUUGUUUGAAUUUGCCUUUUGAUUUGAUUUUUUUUCCGCUGUCCUCUCUCUCUCCUUUUUGAUUACUGUGUACGCACAGUAACCGUGCAAUGCAUCCUCCUCACUCAUUCUCUCAAAGAGGGACCUCUCUGGCGAUCAGGUCGCUCACCAGCUGGGUGGGUGUUGGGUUAUCAGAGAGAAAAAUUAAAGCAAUACCUUUCAUUGUUCGCUUUCCUCUUUUUCUACUGGGGGAAUCCAGAGCACACAGAAUGGACACGGAGCGCUACUACUGAGCAGGAUAACCACUGGCAAUGUAUUCCCUUGUGAUGUUACUGUGAACAACUUCAGUGCUAAAGGAAAUAAAUCUGUUGACUUUG